AUGAAUAAUAGAUGGUCGAUUUCUAAUUAGGCUCCUUUGUAGUAAUCUCGUUACAAGUAGGAGAUUGAUAAUUCAAAUGUACCUAACAAUCAACCUGCCCAUCACAUUAAAAAUGAUGAAUAGGCAAGAUAGCUCUGUCCAAAAGAUAGUCCGAUUCCUUCUGAAAAUAGAUCUCGGAUUAAGAGUUCCUAUGAUGUAGCAAAAUCAGGCAUAUCUCAAAAAUAUGAAAGAGCUGAAACAUCGUAUUCUCCCAUCAUAAAGUCAACUUACCAAAGAGAUAUUUCUCCUCAAUUCUAAAAGUCUGAGAACCAUAAAUUGAUAGAUUCAUACGAAGUUCGAUUAAUGAAGUUAAGUCAGGAGAAUGGAUCAUUAUAAAGUCAAUUGUUUUCAGAUCAAUAAAAAUACAACUAAAUAAUUAUUGAUUUUGAGUUACAAACUAAGUGUUUAGAAUAAAAGCUGAAUACAGAAAUAAUGAAUAUCUAAUAGCAUAAAUUGUUAAUCUAGAACAAGAAUGAGGAAAUCAAUGCAUAGACUUAGGAAUUAUUAAGAUUGGAACAAAAGUAUUUCGAAUUAGAAUCCAAAAUGUUUCAACAACAAAAAGAUAUGGGAAUGUUAAAAUAGUCAAAUGAUUCCAAAUCUAUUGAAAUUGAUAAUUUAAGACAAUACAUUAAAGAGCUUUAAGCCAAGAAUGCAAGAGAUUAAGAGGAAUUAAAGCUUGCGACUGAUAGUUCUAUUCGCAUUAAUUACGAAAUCCAAAUCAAAGAAAUUUAAGUGCAACAUGGUAACAAUAUUGCUAGAUUGAAUGAUUUACUACAAUAGGAACAAUAGAAAUAUAAUCGAUUACUAAGUUAAUUCGAAUAAUAAAUGAAUGAAUUAAAUUAUUAGAAUAUUACGUUUAAUGAUUUCAAAAUAGAAAAAGAUAAAUUAUCUGAAGAAAAUGCUCGAUUAUAAAGGCUUUUAGAAGAAAUUAAAGCCUAAUAACAAGAACUAUUGAGAGAGUCAGACUCUCAAAGAGAUAGAUUAAUGCUACAAGAUAAAAAUCAUUAAACAACACUUAACGAAUUGAAAUCUCAUUAUGAGUAUAUGAGGAAAUCUUAAGUUGAGAGGGAAGUUAAGGAAGUCACUAUGAAAUUUUAGGCCGAAAGAUUGAAUUAUGAGUCCCAAAUAAGAACUUUAACUUAGAGAUUGAUAGAUUUUGAAGGAAAGAUUAACUAAAAGCAUGAAGAGAAUCGAUAGUUAUAACAGAAGUAAUAGGCGAUAGAAUCCGAAUUGAGAAUUUUCGUUCAGGACCAUGAACAUUAUAAGAGAAUCAAGGAUAGUGAAUUGCAGGAAUAUUAAAAUGAAUUCUCAAAAUUGAGAUAAUUGUAAUUAGAUACUUAGUAGAAAAGCUAAAAUUAAUAGAAUGAGAUUUAGAGAUUAAAUUAAAUAAUCAAUGAUUUUAAAACUGAAAUUGAAUUGGUGAAAUCUUAAUCUCAAGAAAUUCAAAAGUAAGUUAAGUUAGAAUAUGAAAAUGAUCUCAAGAACUCAAAGGCUAAAUAAUAAUAUGAAAUUCGAUAAUUAUAGGAUUAGAUCAAUGAUUUAAAAAAUGAUCUUCAAUAAUAAGAAUAAACUAUCAAAUAAAAGGAUGAAAUCAUACAUCAAUAAAAACUUAAUUUAUCUUAAAAGUAAGGAGAAAUUGAUGGAUUGACAUUAAAAUUAGACAAUGUAGAAAAACUUAAGGAUUAGGAAAUACAAUAAUAUCAAAGUGAAAUAGAUAAUCUUUAAAGAGAAUAAAACUUAUCACAAAUAAAAUUAGGAAAUGAAAAGAGUCUCUUAGAAUAAUAAAUUAAAUAGUUGAAAUAAAAAUUAAAUGAUUUGGAGACUUAAUAGAUACAAUAAGAGUUUAAGAAUGAAUAAGGAAGGCAGGAAUUAGAAUAGAAGUUAUAAUAAAAAGAAUUUUAAUUGCAAUAACUUUAAAAUGAAAGAAAUAACAUCAACUCUCAGUUGACUGUAUAAAAAUAGAAAUUUGAGUAAUUUGAUUCCAUAAUAUAAGAAUUAAGGGAGUAAAAUUAAUAACUUAGUUAGGAAAUUGAGGAUCAAAAAUAACAAAAUGAAAGUGAUAGGGCUUAAUUUGUUAAGAAAGAACUUGGGUUAGAAAAUAAGAUAUAACAAUUAAAAUAACAAAUGAAUUAAAGAGAAUAUGAAUUGUAAUAGUAUCAAAGUGAGUUGGAUACUACAAACAAUAGAGUUCGAUAAUAAGAGUUAAUUACACAAUAAAGUUAGGAUGAAUUUAGAAGAAGGGAACAUCAAUAUGUCCAGGAAAUAACCAACUUAAAAUAACUUAUGGAUACCACUCAACAAAGACAAAGUGAAUAUUAAAGCAUAAGAGAGACAUUGUAAGAACAAGUGUAGAGUUUAUAAGAGAAAGGCUAAAAUAAAGAAAAAGAAGUGGAAGAGCAAGCUCAAAAGUGUGAGGAUUUAAGAGAAUAAUUUAAUCAAUAUAUUGAGGAGACUAAUUUGAAAUUGGAAUAUUAUUAGAGAACAGAAUAUGAGAGAAAAGAAUCAGAUUUGAAAUAUCAAGCAGAGUUGAAUGCUGCUUAAGAUAAAAUUAGAGUUUUAGAAAUAGAACUAGAAGCUCUUUAAUUAAGGUAGAAUCAGCUUCUUAAAGAGAGAAGAGAACUUGAAGAUUUAUUGGACGAAAAAUCAAAAGAAAUUGAAUAACUUAAAAAUUAACUUAAUUAGGAUUAUAUUUCUAAUGAAGAGUAUACUUCCUUAUAAAGAAAGUAUAAUGAGCAAACAGAAGAAUUACAUUUGUUAGAAUAAAAACAAAUUAAAUUUGGCACAGAGAAAAAACAAUUAGAAAGAUAAAUAGAUAAAUUGAAUCAAGAUAUCGAACUUAAAGAUUAAGAACUUUAAUAGACUGAUAAUUUAAUGAAAAAAAGAAGAAGCGAAUAAGAUGAGUUAAAUAGGAAGAUUGAUUCAUUAACUAGAGAUAAUGCAAAAGUAUCUCACGAUUUACAAGAAGUGUAAGCUUCUUUGAGUUCGAAAAUUGAUUAUAUAAAUGCUUUGAAGAGAGAGAAUGAGGAUUUAUAGAUCUAAUUAGCUUCUGCCAAAAAAUAAUAUGAGAAAACAUAAGAACAAUUGAAUAAAAAGAAUUAAGAAUUACUAGAAAAAUUUAAUGAUGCUGAAAUCAAAAAGUCAUACUCUUCUGGUGAAAACACCGCAACCAAAUUUUUAACUGCCACUACAAUAAUUAAGACAUCUCAAGUGUAACUUAAUACUCCAUUAAUUCCAGAAGAAGAGAGUUAAAAAGGAACCGAAAGAUCCGAUUAACAAUUUCAGACCUCUCAAAGAAGUGAAGAAGUUUGA